CGCGACUGAUCGGUUAUUUAUCAAUGUGCCGCUGACGCGAAGCAUCUCUUUCUCGCCUUCUGUCCCACCGUAUUGGCUAUGUUGGCGCGCACUACUGGUGGCCACUCUCUAAGCCCACAUAGUGGAGAGAAGUGUAUUAUAUAUAAUUUAGUGAAGAUAAGAAGUGGAAAAAGAUCAAUGGAGUGGAAUGUGGGAGAGUGAGAGAGGCAUACGCCGAGAUUGUGUGUUGUAUCGUUGAAUCUCUUGGACACAAAAGUUCGAAUAUAACAAAAUGCACACACAUGGUGGGCAUUUGCGGUUGGUUGUGGUUGCGGAGUGAGUGAGAUGAUGAUCAUUGGGUUGGCUCUCGGCCAACAAAAGGCGAUCGUUCCAUCUCAAAAAACCGAUCGCCACGCGAUUUCCCCACUCAAAAAUCAACAUUUCCAACUCAAUUGUAUUUGCCUUUGGCUUUGCUGGUGCGACGAUCGCGUACCCAGGCACGAUCUUUCGAAGCUGCUCCUGCUCUUGGCUGCUGCUCUCUCGCGAAGUGCGUUCGAAAUGUGUUGUAUAUAAAUACCCCUCUACUGCUGGAUUGAGACCCAGAGGCCGGCAGCUAUAAAAGUCGCAAGGACAUGUAGAGUCUCUAUAGUGUCUGCUACAUUUAACGUGAGAACGGACUGUUACUGCACAACACACUUUUUUUUCACAAACUUCAACAUCUCUCUUGUGUGGACAAUUUUUGCGGUUCAUCGUGUGCUCGCAGUGCCAAAAAAAAAUAAUAAAAUUUUCGCAGAGAUUUUAUUUUUCAUGCUCUUUUUUUCUCGCGAAUAAAUCACAAAAUCUCGUGCUCAAAUUCUUCUUCAAAUCUGCAAGAAAUAAAAAAAAGAAGGAUUUUCACUACCAAAGCUAGAGAUUUUCUUCGUGAAGUUGAGGAUUUUCUGGAAAAAAGACAUUUUCGGAUUUUUUUGAGACUUUUUUUCUGAUUGAAAGACUUUUCGUUGUUGGACAAAAUGUGGAGUGAUUUUGAUGUGAAGGAGGUGAGAAGUUGUCUCUAUGUGUUUAUAAGUGUCCUACUGCUGGUGGUGCUGAUGCAGUGGCUCCUCAAGUGCUACAAUGAGAUCAAAUUACUACCACCGGGACCGUGGGGUAUUCCAGUGAUGGGAUACCUCGCCUUCCUUGGUCAGGAGAAGCACACGCAGUACAUGGAGCUGGCUAAGAAGUACGGCGGUGUAUUUAGUGCUCGUCUCGGGACUCAGUUGACCGUAGUUGUGAGUGACUACAAGGUGAUCCGUGAUACCUUCCGGAAGAAAGAAUACACCGGACGUCCCGAUACUCCUUUCAUACAAACCAUGGAUGGUUUUGGAAUCAUAAAUAGUGAGGGAAAAUUGUGGAGGGAUCAGAGGAGAUUUCUACAUGAUAAACUUCGGCAACUCGGUGUGACGUACAUGGGAAAGGGGAAGGAUGUCAUGGAAAAGAGGAUAAUGACCGAAGUGAAUGAUUACUUGACAACACUAUCAUCAUCAAAUGAAAAAUCAAUCGAUAUGAGCCCCGUGCUGGCAGUUGCAGUUAGCAAUGUAAUCUGCAACAUUAUGAUGUCUGUGAGAUUUUCGCUGGAUGAUCCGAAAUUUCAGCGUUUCACUUGGCUCAUUGAGGAGGGUAUGCGACUAUUUGGUGAAAUAACUACCGUAGACUACAUUCCACCCAUUCAAUACCUGCCUGGGAAUUUAACGGCCAAAAAUAAGAUUGCGAAGAAUCGAAAGGAAAUGUUCCAAUUCUACCGUGAGGUGAUCGAUGAGCACAAAAGUACGUUCGAUGCCAACAACAUUCGUGACUUAGUCGACAUGUACUUAGCUGAAAUUGAGAAAGCCAAAGAAGAAGGUCGCAGUAGUGAACUAUUUGAAGGCAAAGAUCAUGAACAACAAAUUAUGCAAGUGAUCGGUGAUCUCUUCUCGGCUGGCAUGGAGACAAUUAAGACCACCCUCCUAUGGAUCAAUGUUUUUAUGCUUCGCAAUACGCAUGUGAUGAAGAAGGUACAGGAGGAAUUGGAUCUUGUUGUGGGACGUAGUCGUUUGCCACGAAUUGAGGAUCUACCCUUUCUCCCAUACACCGAGAGUACAAUUUUGGAGGCAAUGCGACGAUCGAGUAUCGUCCCACUGGCUACAACUCACUCACCUACAAGAGAUGUCAACUUGAAUGGCUAUGUAAUCCCUGCAGGAGCACAUGUGGUUCCACUGAUAAACAGUGUCCACAUGGAUCCCACUCUGUGGGAGAAUCCUGAGGAAUUCAAUCCAAAUCGCUUCAUUAAUGCAGAGGGUAAAGUACAGAGGCCAGAAUACUUUAUGCCAUUCGGAGUGGGUCGUCGCAUGUGCCUCGGGGAUGUUCUAGCAAGGAUGGAGCUCUUCCUUUUCUUCUCCUCCCUCAUGCAUACGUUCGACCUGAAGCUGCCCGAAGGGGAACCCAUGCCGAGUCUUAAGGGUCAAGUUGGCGUCACAAUCACCCCCAAGGCAUUCCGGGUCUGCCUAACACCACGACCACUGGCUGUGCCUCAGGUGAUUGUGAGUGAUCCUGUGACGGGGACUCUGAGAAAUAUCACGCACACUCCUUAGAAAUGCACAAGAUUUCGAAGACCUUUUACGCAAAGAAACACACACACACACAAACAAACAUUCCUGUGCCACAGCGGAGGGAAAAAAAGAGAGAACAGAGAAAUUUUCGCCAAGACUCCCCGAUAAAAAAAGAUCCCAGAGCACGGUUUCGGUUCCUAAGUUUAAUCUCAAAUGGAAGGUCAAGGAUCAAUACAAGUGAAAAAAAAUCAACUCCACACGAGAGGAAAAAAAUCUUCAAGAGUCCCAUAAGAAAAACCAAUACAUGAGAACUACAGUACAUGCUGCCAAAAUUGCACACACUCCAUAACAUAAUGAAGAAAUUUUCUGUUUAAUUCUGCAACAAAGCAUUGCAAAGCCGGGAGACGUAGAUGAAUGUAUAAGAAAAUGAGAUUCAAUGCUAGUCAUUGUGUGUAAGUGCGAGGGUAAGUGGAUUCAAUGGAAGAGCAAAUGGAGAUUACAAAGUAUGUAAAAAAAAAAUCCUACCCUCAUGCCAAUAGAGUCACAGAUGAAAAGAAGAGAAAAAAAACAAUAAAAUAUUAAGAACAUCACAUGGAGAUGGGAGGCAGGAAAGAGCAAAAAUCCACCCCAAUAAUGUGUUCAGUAACUCUAGCGACAAACUUAUUUUGUGUACAACAUUUUUUUUUUAAUUUAUGAAAAAGAAGUUCUUUCGUAGAUUUUAGGUGUUAAAAUGUUUAAAAGUGCUAUUUCAUAGUAAUGUUUUAAUCAUUCUAGGAUGCCAAAUUGUAUUGACAACGCAAGCAUUCCAAUUUUCUCUUUAUUAUUUUUUUAUUGCAUGGAAAUUCACAAUAAAAAUAUUAAGUACCAAAAA